AUGCGGACCGUGGGUGGACAACAGAAGGCAGGCAAAACCAGCAAGGGCACGAGGCCUGGAGCGCACUGGAUGGGAGCGGUGGCAGAGCUCCCAGCCUGGAGCAGCCCGGGGACUGACUGCUACAAGUGGGUUCCCCGCAACACCCCUUUUGGGACCGGUGGGGGAGAUCACGGUCCACCCCUGGGAGUCCUCCCAGAUAGGGCAGCAACGAAAGGGAAAGCGUUCGGAGAGCCGAGAGACCCACCAAAGAUGGCGGAGACCACGCGGCCUGACGGCUGCCAUGCAACACAGCGGGGCUCCUUGAUCAGCCUGGAGAAAAUCCUCACGGACUUCUGGCUCAGAAAGGAGCUCAAGCCUCGACAGAGGACACCAACGAUGCCUGCCUCAAGCUGCACACCCUGCCACCCACCGCCCAACCCACAGCAAAGACCAGCAGCCCUCCAGCAGCCCAGAAAGGCGGGAAGGCGACGGAGAACAAAACUGCCAUCUUACCGGCACAGAACGGCGAAACUGAAAAUGUUGCUGAAACCAAGAGCUGGUACACCAAGAGCACCCUUCACCCUGUGA